GUCUAUAAUGGUAUGACUCAGUUGGGUUAUGAGAAGCUUUAUGAUGAAUUUAGCUUCAGAACUGAGCAAAGGGAUGUGACCCUAUACUUAACUGCAGUUGCUUCCGUUUCAAAUUUAGUUCAAAAACCUACGGUCAAGACUUCUCCAGAACAAGGAUUGGUUGUUCAGUUGUCUGGUUCUGGAGCAGAUGGCAGGCCACCAACUACCUUGUCUCCCACUAUGAUACUUGUGGACUGGAGAUGUGAAAAGACUCGUACUACACCUUAUGAAGUUGAAAUUACCAUUCCAGUGGAGAAUUAUGACCCAAUUCAGUUCACUCUUGCAAAUAUGUGUGAACACAGCCAAGGUGAACGUGGCGAAGCUACUAGAGGUUGGGCCAUAUUUGGAAUCAUAUCUUGCAUAUCAAUUGUAGCCUUCACACUGUUAUGCAUUGGAGGGUUUAUUUAUAGGACAAGAGUGACAAACCUGCGAGGGCUUGAUGCUGUACCAGGGAUGGCAAUAUUAUCGGCAUGUUUGGAAACUGCAAGUGGAGGCUUGCAAGGCGGCUAUACAUGCCCAGAUGAUGCUAAUAAUCCUUUUGCAAAUCAAACUUCGUGGGAUCAGCGACCAAAUUCUACUCAAAGAACAUGGAGAGCUAUUAUCUUCCGGACUAUACAGAUUUUGAAGAGGCUUAUAAUCAUCCAGUCCCGGAAAAAGUUCAUCAUGUUUGCAACCGCUAUCAGAUAUAUAGCGAGGAAACCAAAGCCGAAGAUGAAACCAAUAGAACUCAAAACUCCUCCCGAGCAAACACAGACAAUCACAAGAACUAUUUUUAACAUCUUAAAGGAACAUGGCCCACUAACCGUUGCCGACACCUGGGAGCAUGUUAAGGAUGUCGGGUUGAAAGGACUCACGAGCAAGCGGCACAUGAAAAUAGUAAUGAGAUGGAUGCGGGAGAGGCAAAAAUUACGGCAAAUAUGCAACCAUGUGGGGCCCAACAAGCAAUUUUUGUACGCUACAUGGUUCACAAAACCUGAUGUCAAGCAAACAAGGCCCGGAACUGGACAUGGACCAAAUGCUUCAACUCCAAAGGUAAACAAAAUUCGACGUGUAUAUGAGCUUAUCUUGAUUUUGGCUUGUAGAGGAUUUUGUGCUGAUGCGAUGCAUGAUUUAAUUGUCGCUGUAAUUUCAGCUGCUGUUUUUGGCGCAUUUGGAGCUGGUUCAGUGGCUGUGCCAAGUACAAGUUGUUAUGCCAUCGAUAAUACCAGUCACAUCCAUGAUUUUAGUGAUUUGGUCGGACAAAUUUUUGAGUAUGAUGACGAUAAGAACCCUGAUCUGGUGGUGAGGUUCUGUAAAGAUGUCGAGACGAGAUCCCAACCGGGAUAUGUGGAUUUUGGAAGAUUUGAUAAAUUCAAUUAUUUUACUGCCGGUUCUGGACAUGCCGACUUUGUGCAGGAAUAUUAUAGUGGUGACCUAAUGAAGUGUGAAAAAACUUUUGAUAAAUUGGGGCGCACAGCUCAGGUGGUAUGGGGUGCAUCUGCAAAGUUACCUAUGAAUCUUCAUGCAGCUUCUGAAAUGACAUUCAAGAGAAAGUUUGUUACAAAAUUAGGAGAAAAUAUAAUUUGCUUAAACCUGCCUUUUGAGAUGCUUCCACCAUCUAGCAAAUGUAGAUUCUCUCUGAAUAGCUUUCAUAAAACUUCAAUUUAUUUUUUCAACUUCUUAUUAUUUGGGGUUUUGUACUCCUUGGGCAGAGUGCUCAUCGAUCUAGCCAUUCCCUGCGUGAAACCAGGUCUGCGGGUAUUUGAGGGCUUCACAGUUGGCUUUCAUCCUCGCUCGUGGGAAAUUGUCUAUAAUGGUAUGACUCAGUUGGGUUAUGAGAAGCUUUAUGAUGAAUUUAGUUUUCGCUUCAGAGUUGUGUUCAACGAGAGCAUGACCACAUGGAAGAAAGUCUACCAUAAAUGCAAAUGUCACGGCGGUUGGGAAUAUAAGCUUGGUUUGUUGAAAAAAGCUGGUUUCAUUUUGAGUGAAGCCACUGGAGUUUCUGAUACUGCACAAGGGUAUAUUUACUUCUACAAAAAGGUGGUCCCACAGAUCAAUACAAAGCGGGUGCAGUGGGGGAGAACUGAGAAGUACAAGCUUAUAGUAAUGUCAUUUGCUAUUUUACAAAUUUUCUAGAGUCAGGUGCUUU